GUGAACGUAAACAGUUUACGGCAUACCGUAUUCCCGUCUGUCCAGAGAGACUACACGUGAAGGCAGAUAAACAGAAAGUUAACAGGCUGAUCGGACUCGUGAAUCAAGGUUCUGGUGGUGUUUAGUUCCGCAGCAGAGUGACACCGAGUCUCCGCGGAGAGUGAAGCCGGCAGGAUGCUGUAUCUGAUCGGCCUGGGGCUCGGAGACGCCGCGGACAUCACGGUGAAGGGUCUGCAGGCGGUGAAGCGCUGCAGCCGGGUUUACCUGGAGGCCUACACCUCGGUCCUCACGGUGGGGAAGGAGGCCCUGGAGGAGUAUUAUGGGAUGGAGCUGAUCCUGGCCGACAGAGACCUGGUGGAGCAGGGAGCAGACCAGAUCCUGAAGGACGCAGACGUGACCGACGUUGGUUUCCUCGUGGUCGGAGACCCCUUCGGAGCCACCACGCACAGCGACCUGGUGCUGAGAGCAGUGCAUGCUGGGAUACCGUACAAAGUCAUCCACAAUGCCUCCAUCAUGAACGCCGUGGGCUGCUGCGGCCUGCAGCUGUAUAAUUUCGGGGAGACGGUGUCGUUGGUGUUUUGGACGGAGACGUGGAGACCGGAGAGCUUCUACGACAAAAUCUGUAAAAACAGAACAGCUGGACUACACACACUCUGUCUGCUGGAUAUUAAAGUGAAAGAGCAGAGCAUCGAGAACAUGAUGAGAGGGAAGAAGAUCUUCGAGCCGCCUCGCUUCAUGACGGUCAGUCAGGCUGCAGAUCAGCUGAUCCAGAUCAUCCAGAGGAGGAGGGGGGAGGGGGAGGAGCUGGGUAUGACAGAGGACACGGUGUGUGUGGGCGUGGCCCGGCUCGGCGCCGACGACCAGACAAUCCGCACGGCGACAUUGCGUCAGCUGGCGUCAUGUGACCUAGGCGGCCCGCUCCAUUCGCUGGUUGUCACCGGUCGACUCCACCCGCUGGAGGUGGACAUGCUGCGAGUGAACGCAGAACCAGACGCACUGCAACACCUGCACAUGAUCGACAGCUCCACCUACUGCUCCUAACACACGGUUCACUUUCUGGACUUGUGAGGACCCUGAAACCUGACCAUCAAACUGUGGAGCGGCCCAAAUGACGACAAUGCAGAUACGUCCUCACUAUGAUCGCUUGAAACUGAAAUCGGUCCUCACAAAGAUAGCAAUACAAGCCCUCACACACACACAGAAUAUCAUAAGGGAUUUUUCAACCUGGACCCUAUUUUCCGAUGUUUUUAUGUCAAUCUUGAAAUUAGACAAGCUGCAAUGUAACCUACAGGAAAAAUGUUCAGGAACAGUUAGCAUCCAGACUCCAUGUAAAUAAUCAGGACUUUUAGCGUGUAUAGAGCCAGCAUAUCUCCACCAGACUCCAUGUAAAUAAUCAGGACUUUUAGCGUGUAUAGAGCCAGCAUAU